AUGACUCAAAGACCAAAACCAACAAUACUCCCCUCAUCCUAUACGCAAACAACAUCCCCAGAAACUUUCCCAACUCCAACCCACGGCGAUGUAUCAUGGCACACCCUAAUCUCGUCCCCGCAAACAGAGUCCACAGACCUCUGCGCAGGAAUUGCAAUCUGUCCCCCAAACACAGGUCACCUAUGCGCGCACCGCCACACGCAGGCUGAGUUAUAUCAUAUCCUCGCCGGCGAGGGCGAUGUGACCAUCGAUGGGGUUACGAGUAGAGUCCGGGCGGGGAGCACAGUUUUUAUUCCUUCAGAUGCUGAGCAUGGGAUUGUGAACACUGGGACUGUGGACUUGAGGUGGUUCUAUGUUUUCCCCACCGGGAGUUUCGGGGAUAUUGUUUAUCGGUUUAAGGAAGAUGGGAAGGAUGGGGGGGAAGGGAAGGGGACAGAGAAGGCGAAGUUGUAA